CGCGUUUUUCGCCGCGCAUCCGCAGCCCUCCGCGCGCUCUUCCGGCCAUUCAUACGGCUUGUCUGGGAGUCUUUGGGGCCUGAAUUCCGUGUCCGGAGGGAGGCUGCAGCGCUAGGAUGAAGCUCGUGAGAUUUUUGAUGAAAUUGAGUCAUGAAACCGUAACCAUUGAAUUGAAGAAUGGAACACAAGUCCAUGGAACAAUCACAGGUGUAGAUGUUAGCAUGAAUACACAUCUUAAAGCUGUGAAAAUGACCCUGAAGAACAGAGAACCUGUACAGUUGGAAACAUUGAGUAUCCGAGGAAACAACAUUCGAUACUUUAUUCUACCAGACAGCUUACCUCUUGAUACAUUACUUGUGGAUGUUGAGCCUAAGGUGAAGUCUAAGAAGAGAGAAGCUGUUGCAGGACGAGGUCGAGGCCGAGGUAGAGGAAGAGGACGUGGUCGCGGCAGAGGAAGAGGGGGUCCUAGGCGAUAAUGUCUUUCAAGAUUACUUCCAAAGUGAUAUGGAAUUGGGGGAUAUUUUUUGUACAGGUUUUGUUUGUCAGUUUUUAAUAAACUUAAGUGUGGGAUGAA